CAGCAGCAGCAGCAGAAGAAGAAGAAGAAGUAGUUACUAGCAACUGUCGUCUCGCGUGAAACUUGUAACAACUGUCAUGGCUGCCUCCUGUUCCUUAGUGUGUUGCGGGGAAGAGAGGGAAUCCGACAAAGCCGUCGUAGUCCGUUUUUCAAAUGGCUGUGUCAACAAUGCAGACAGCCUGGAUUUCAGCAUGUACAGGAACGCAGAUGGAAAUAAACCAAAGAAAAGGAACAGACAGAUACUGGUUGCUGAGUCAGACCGGCUGUGUUAUGUUGGGCAGAAUUUUGGAGGGACAUCACUGAAAUGCAACAGUCUUUGCAAAUAUUAUGUCGGAGUGCUGAACAGACAGACUAUGCAAAUGGAGGUACACAGCGCUCAGCUAUUCAACAUGCAACCUAUGAUACCAGGGGAGAUGGCAGAGAACGCAAAACCUCAAGACACUAACUCUUACAGAGACAAGGUUGACUCACUGAUUGAGGCCUUUGGCACCAACAAACAGAAGAGAGCUCUGGCCUCCCGUAGACUAAAUCAGGUGGGCAGCGAUGCUUUGCAUCAAGCAGUAGCUAAAGCUGCCAGCUCUGUAAUUGACAGCAAGGGUCUGGAAGCUCUUCAGCAGGAAGUGGCUGAGACAGAGUCUCAGGCAGCUCUGUCCUCCCACCUGCCUCCUUGCAACGCGGAUGCAGACAAACGAGAAAACGUCUACCCAUUCGAUGAACUCCUGAGUCCAGAAGAAUUUGCUGCUUUGGAGCAGGCAGGUUCGAAGAUGGCAGCACAUACCCCUGAAGAGCUGCAGAAGAUGAAGGAUGAAGGAAGGAACCAGUGCAUUAUAAAACAUCUAGAGAACUUGGCAACUGUGGGCGAAGCCAGAGACAAAACGUCCCGCUGCGCCUUUUAUCUCUCUAUGCUUCUCAAAUUGGCAAGGCAAAAGAACGUCACCCGGAAGUUUGGGCAGGAAGAAGACUGCCCUCACAUCAUUCAGAACAAACUGCUCAGGACAUUCACUGUUGGAACAUUCAACAAUGGCAGGGUGCAGAACAUGGUGUCGACAUCAAUGCGUGCCAAACUGGCAGCAUACAGCCUUGCUCUGCUGUUGCAUAUGGGUUACAUGACUGCUGACCUGACAUUACUGCACCGUGACUUAGGAAUCACAGAGACCAGGAUGAUCGAGGUUGCAAAGUCCAUGGGACUGACUUUAAGCAAACCAGUCCGGGCCAAGAGCGACGAGGCUGGACUGCAUGAUGACCACAGACAGGCCUCUGUUGUUUUACCUCUGGUCAAAUAUGAUCAGUUCCUCGAGAGACGGAAGCGCAAGAAAAUGCACUAAAAACCCACAAGUAGACAGAGAAGAGACUGUAGUGGAAAUCGCACAAAGAGCUGUUAAUGUAUUUUGUAGACAAAUAAAGUGGUUAACUUUGAGCUAUACAUAUUGAUGCUUACAGUUGAAAGGUACAAAAGGAAAAAAAAAGACUAACAAGCUGUAAACAACCUCUAGAUGACAGAACAUCCAGCUUAAACGUAUAGGCACAUUUGUAGCCACCACAUAUUGCACAUUAAACAUCCUUUUCCUUC